CAUCAUCAUCAUCAUCAUCAUCGUCGUCGUCAACAGCAGCAAUAACAUAUACUUCAUAACUCCUCCCAUGCCAUCAGAUUGUUCCUGAUGUCAAAUGAUUACCAACGGACGGCAAUCAAUCCAAGAAAAACGGGGCAGCUACCACCAUUGCUACUACUUGCUGUCAGAAGACUUUUAAAUAAACAAGUGUUGAGGUUACAUGGAAAAUGGAGAAAACUGAGUAUCGUGCUGUCAUAAAGUACCUUCAUUUGAAAGGCAUGGCUCCAUCAGAAAUCCAUGAAGAUAUGUUGAGAUCCUUAACAGACAAUGCUCCUUCAUAUGCAACAGUCAAACGCUGGGUAAAUGAAUUCCAGCAUGGCAGGGAGAGUGUGGAAGAUGAUCCCAGACCAGGGAGACCUCCAACUGCAACCAUCGGGGACAACGUUGACCUUGCUCUUGGUAUGAUAAUGCAAGAUCGUCGAAUAUCAUGUCAUCAGAUAGCCGAGAGACUGGGCAUCUCAGCUGAAAGAGCAGACAACAGUGUAACAAAAGAACUUGGGUUCUCAAAGGUUUCUGCAAGGUGGGUCCCUCGCCUUUUGACUCCUGAACAUAAAUGCAUUUUGUUCACGAGCAAUCUAGAACUGUUUGAAACCAAUGAAGAGAAUUUUAUUGCUUGUUUUAUUACUAUAGACGAAAGUUGGGUUCAUCACUACCAGCCUGAAACCAAAGAACAAUCAAAGCAGUGGAAGCACACAUCUUCUCCUACCCCAAAGAAGGCCAGGGUCAUUCCUUCAGCUGGCAAGGACAUGGCGUCAGGUUUUUUCUGAUUCUCAAGGUGUCUUGCUGAUCGAUUAUCUUGGAAAGGGUUACACCAUGACAGGACUGUAUUAUUCUCAGUUACUGAAACGCCUCCGGGAAGCUAUCAAAGAAAAAAGGCCGGAGGAGUUCUUUUUCAUCACGACAAUGCUCCAGCCCACACCUCGUGAUUGUGGAUAUGAACUUGUUCUCCAUCCACAUUAUUCACCAGACUUAGCCCCCACUGACUUUCAUCUAUUCCCCAAAAUUAAAAAAGCCCUGGCUGGUCGCCAUUUUACCAAUGAUACAGAUGCUGUAGGAAGUUUCUUGGAGUCUCAAACAAAAGAGUUCCUCUACGCCAGGAUAAUGGCACUUCAGUACCGCUGGAGAAAGUGUUCAGCCAUCGAGGGGGACUAUGUUGAAAAAUAAAUCAUCAGAAGUCUU